ACAGUAACCUCUGUGUGAGAGAGAGGGGUGGGAGGGUAAGGCUGCGGGCUGGGAGGAGAUCCCAGUCAGUGCAAGGGUGAAGGAGGCCUCCCCACCGGUUGACCCCCUCCCUACUCCCCCACCCCACCCCCCAGUUCGCCGUUUUCCCAGGCGAGCGGCUUGUGACAGCGGCUGGCGACCAGCUCCGCCAUGGUUCAACUGCCGCCACCAACAGUCUCCGCCUACCACCACCACCACAUCGCACGCCAACGACUCGCCAACUGCAGCAACGGUUUCCUCGUCGCCGCUCUCCUCGCUUGACAACAAGGGGCUGGGGGAUGGCGAGGAAUGCGCCAGGACUUCGGACAGCCCGCGCGUGAGAGAGGGAGCGAGGAGCGAGUGCGCGCGAGACCUGACGGCCUGGGAAUGGCGCUGAAUGAGUUGUUCUCACACGGCGUGGCGGCUGCAGGCGGGCCUGGUGUAGAUGGCGUGGCGGCGAUUGUGUAGUUGCCAGGAAUUUCGUCCCACAUAGUCUCCGCUCGCUCCGAGCUUCGUGCUUCGCCAGCCUCGAGCCCUGCACCGUCUGUGCACAAAGGGGGGAGCGCACUGGCUGUGGGAACACCGCGGGGCUCGUACUUCUCACUUCUCUCCAUCGUGGUGGUGGUGGGGGGUGCUGAUGGUGUCGUCGGGUAGACUGCUUUGACGAUGACAAGUAACGUUGUCAGUUGGAGUUGACGAUGAGAGCGAUGUGGUCAAGCUGCAGUUGUGACUUGAGAUGAUUCGCUGUUCGCUCGUCUUGCGGUGACCUGCGAGUCCAACGUGUGCGGACAGCCUUACACCAGACAAGGGUGGAUACUGGGCGGGUGGACGGACAUCUGUCCACACCUACCCGCGGGAUCUGUGUCAUGAGCCGGUCUGGAUCACCCCGGCUGAACACCCCACCCCGUGAACCUACCCGUCACCACCACCGACAUCACCACCACAGUGCACACCCGUACACCCGAGCCCAUCAUUACCACAGCCACCACCCCGACCUUGACCCCAACCUUCCCUGCCACCCCUCACCUUUGCCAUCGCCUACGACGUCCACAACCUCGCCGUCCACAGCGUCGACUACGAGCACGCCCACCCCGUCACCUUCACCGCCACCAGCUGCCACGACCAAAACGACGACCAACGGGUCGACAGUGUCCUCCACCACCGCAACGCUCGCCACGAUGCCAGCCAGCGCCGCGCCGGCCACCUCACCGCAACUUGUUGCGCAGUACCAGCGCACGAUGCGCGAGGCCGUGCGCAACGGGGACUCGUCGGGGUUGCGGCGGUUGCUGGAGGCGCGAGAGGGCAAGAUCAACCUCAACGUCUUCGACACGGAGGGCCAAACAGCCCUCCACCAGAGCUGUCAGCUGGGCAACCUGGAGCUGGUCAAGGUGCUGGUGAGGUUCGGGGCGGACGUGCGGCUGGCCAACCGGGAUGGCUGGAGCGCGCUGCACAUCGCGGCCUUCGGCGGUCAUACGGACAUCCUUCUCUUCCUCAUGACCGCCUCCAGCUUGGCCUGCAGACGUUGCUAGCGCCCUCUGGUGGCGUUGUGACCGUGUUGGUGGGAGAGUGAUCGUGUUCCUCCCGACGAGGCUCACCAGUUCUUUCGCAGGAUGCUGACGACUGCCUCACUUCAUCCAUCGUGCCGUGAUGACGUGGAUUCCAGCAGUGUGGCGAGCACCUUGCACGUGCGCGCGCGCGUGUGUGUGUAUGUGUGUGUAUAGACUGUGGAGGAGCGGGGGUUCCCCGUGUCCGGAGUGUCCGUGUCCAGGAGCCGCCCAGCAGCAGUUGUCACCUGACCUGACCUGGUGGUACCUGCAACAUGUAAUACAUCUUCGCCGGCGUCUUUGAUCGUCCGCUGACUAAGCAGGUUUGCUGUAAGUAGCCUUAUAUAUCCGUGUGUACAUAUGUUCUGCCAGUGGUUGUACAUAUUCACAGUCUCGUCGAGAGACCAGCGGGCCGGACAAGCCACACGUUGUUAAGCUGUGUUUUCUGUAUGUUGUCAUAUGUACCAUCGUGUCUGGAAGUCUUCUGGGCCCUCGUGGGAUGUGGAUGGCCAGUACAACGGACUUUAGCACGUGACGGAGUUGAUGACGUGUAUCCAAGAUGUGUAACCCCCACAUUGCUACAGUCACGUGACCUGUGCGGUGUCAGCAUCUGAUGCAGUUGGUUGUGAGAUUACCGGAGCUACAACGGACCCCCCGACGCCCCCUGCCCCUUUAAGGUCUGACCUUGUCGUCAGCCUCACGGACCCACGUGACAGGCGGAGACCUUCACCUUGCACCCAACUGCCAGUCAGCUCGCAGCCUGCUGAUCAUCUGUUGUCCAUGGCAACCUGACCAGCGCCACCAGCAAUGCAGGUGAUGCCAGCAUGCACACGACACCUGUCCUGGUUGCGUAGCGAUCGUCACGUGACUGCUGGACUACACCAGCGACUGCAGGGAAAGGAGGGGCCAGAGAGUGGACACAGCCAUGACCUCACCACGUCUGCCGCGAGGAGUAGGUUGAACAUGUCAGGGUCUGAUGGACAUUGACAAUGUGAACUCAAGAUUAAUUAGUUAAUUGCUGAGCAGCAGGCAUCCAGCAUGGCGGACAUCCAUGUGCGGAUCCUGCUAGAGCACGUGAUCGCCGCCAUUUUCUGACAUGCGCGGUCGCCAGGACACUUUCUGUUCUCAGGAAUGACAGUCAGGGCCCAGCCCUGCAACACCAUCAACUACUGUUUGCUGGGUGGGGACAGGGGAGGGGCAGUCGCCAGUUGCCAACAUCCUCUGCAAGCUAGGGUCAGAGGUUAGAGGGCGAUGAACGUACAGCGAGGUUGGGAGGUGGGUGGGUGUGAAAUACUGUUAAAUGUUGCCCCAUCCCCGCCCCACCAGUCUGGAGCUUCAGGAGGAGAGUUGAAUUCUGAUUGCAAGUACUCGGUACCCAAGCACGCUCUCCUCAAGAAAACAAGGUCGAGAAUGAGACCCUCGGGGUCUCCUCGUGGCCCCAGUGUGCUGACACAGGCCUGACCCCGGGGUUCAUCGGAUCUUCAGCUUCAUUCCAGGGAGAGCGGCGACAAGCUGGCAGAAGAUUCCCGAUGAACUGCUGCGAUUGCACACAUGGCAUCGUGUGUUCACUGUAACGGUCAUCGGUGUCCAGUCGCUCGUUCAGACGUGUUCACUGUUGAUGUUGUCAGCGUGCAGUGGCCCUCGUGUGCAUGUUGUGAAAUAUUCUUGUGCAGUGUUGAUGUCAACGUCUGUUUGUACAGGUCAGCACUUCCUCAUCUUAACGGUCCGCGGGCGAAACUCCUGAUUGUUCUGAUCCCAGGUAUUUAGGGCACUGAGUAGGUAGAUGAUAUUUAGAUGAUACCCAGUAUUGAGGUGAUCCCAGGUAUUUAGGGCACCGAGUAGCUAGAUGAUAUUGAGGGCACUGUGUACCGAGAUGAGUAAGCAGGGUUAGCAGCAUACGCCUCAACCUAGACAGGGUCUGCAACAUACCCCUAAUGGUAGACACCCUCCGCUCCGCACUCUACCAACAGUAACGGCUGUUUCCACCAGUGGGGUAGGUCAGCAGUGGGGUAGGUCAGCAGUGGGGUAGGUCAGCAGUGGUGUAGACCUGUGUUUGUGUCUAGUGUGCAGGAAACGAACCUCGGCGGUGUUUAUUAGUCUAGACAUAGAGUGGAAUUGUGAGGAGAAGUGAUGGCAGACACUGACACACAGAGACACUGACAUACUGGCAGACACUGACAUACUGGCAGACACUGACACACUGCUCUGACAUACUGCCAGACACUGACACACUGACAGACUGCUCUGACAUACUGCCAGACACUGACACACUGACAGACUGCUCUGACAUACUGCCAGACACUGACAUACUGGCAGACACUGACAUACUGGCAGACACUGACACACUGCUCUGACAUACUGCCAGACACUGACACACUGACAGACUGCUCUGACAUACUGCCAGACACUGACACACUGAGACAUACUACUGAAGUUACAGGAAAAGGUUAGGGUGAAAGUCUGCAAAACUUUGUAGAAAAUCAGGUUAGACACGUUCAAGCAAAUUGUGUGUGUGUGUGUGCACGUGCGUGUGUGUGUGUCUGUGUGCACGUGCGUGUUGCUAGGCCCUCACUACACAAGUCUGUGUACGCUCACCAUAAUGACACGUGUGUGUGGAGGACACACGAGGGCUGAGUGAGGUUGCUACCACAAUCCCUGUCUGUAGAGAGGAAGUCGUGCAGUACAAACACCGGCCCCUGUGUCAGGGGCUACACACACACAACGUGUAGACUUGCUGAUACAGUCAAACAUGGCGGGUGUGUGUGUCACACCAUACAGGGUACGUCACAUGUAAAGGCCUGACCCAUUCACUAAUGCGCCUUUCAAAUGAAUUUACAUCACAUAGCUGUCAUGUCGGGUAGCUGCCAUUUCCACCCGGUUCUCUCGGCAUGCGAGGUGCGUAGAGGAGUAGAGGACAUGUCGUCAUCAGAGUACACGCCACGAGCUGUUAGUACAAAAACCGUCCGACAGCUUCGCUCUUCAUUCCUUUGCUGCCCUACUGACACGUGGUGAGGGCUGUGCUCACAUGCUGAGUCCUGCUCACUGGCCUUUGCUCAUGUCGUCUCCUGCCACCGGACUGUCAGUGCCUGUCACAUCAGCUGAAUGUCGUGACACGUGGCAGUCCUCUCACUGAGGGCCCUUGUGACGUAACAUGAGAGAGAUCCUGCUGACCUGUGUCAGAUUCUGCUGACCUGUGUCAGAUCCUGCUGACCUGUCCUCUUGUCGUCACGUGAGCAAACUCCACUUUUCAACAUAAAUUUUUGAGUUUAGUUUCGGUUCCGGUAGAGUCUCCUGGAGUCGAAUGUCCUCAGUGUUGUGUAAAAGCGACCAGCAUGCCGCCUCCUUUGAUUCUAUUUCCGGUUGGGAGGUAACUCUGUCCUUUUGACGACACGCAAUCGCCGCGCGCACCCGGCCUGCCGUACUCCAGUCUUUCUGCCCAUGCGCGGAGGUGUGGGUGUGUGGUGUGUGUGUGCGGGGGGAGGUAGUGUAACACGUUACAGAACGAACCGUUCUCUCGCGGCCAUCUUGGUGACGUCACAGCAUGCACGUCGCUGCUCUCUGCUGUACGCGCUGUCUGAGCAUCAUGGGGAGCAAGAAGGGAGACAGAGAGGGUGUGUGAGAGAGACAGAGAAGGGCGAUUGCGUGAUGAAAGCUGUGUUUUGAUUGUGAGUGUAUCGUAUUGUACUCGUAUUGCGCGAUACAGACGAUACACCUUCCGUUGACUUAGUGCAGUGACAUACUCGCUGUGCAUUAGUGUAUGUUUAGCGCUACGCGGUGCGUGCGGACAUGUUUAGUGUAACACAACACCGCUGAGUGAUGAGCGUGACAUCACGUGACGAGGGAAGAUGGCCAUUACACCUUUAGCGUGACAUUAGUGCGCAUGCGCGUUGUGCAAGGACUAGGAGUGACAGUGACACUGUGAUGACAGUCGUCCUGGCCCCUGUGACACACGCUAGUCACUGACCCUGUCGUAGGUGGCGCUGAAGCAGGUGCUGUGUACCUACGUAGGUGCUGGCGUGUGUGGGAGGUCGGUGCUGUCGUUGCUGGCGCCGAGUGCGAUGGCGGUGUGUUGUGGGCGGUGCCAUGCCUGCAAGUCUUGACGAGACUGCCAAGUGCAGCACGUAGCCUCGCUUCCAUCGUGUCUCCGUCUUCCUUCUCUCUAGCGCAGGGGCCUUAACCCACUGAACUCUUUCCUCCGCCUCCCUCUCACCAUCUCUUUCCCUCCCACACACCCUCCCGCUCCCUUCCCCCACCCCCCACCCCCCGCGUGCAAACCUCGGCGGCAGCAUCGGCACAGGGUGGGAGGGGGUGGGUAUGCGCGGGGUGCGUGCGCAGGCCAGGUUGCUGCAGAGUUGUCUGCACACCAGGGGCUGAGUGUCGGGCGUCAGAACCGUACAGCGACAGUGUAGACAAUAGGGCUACAGGGGGACUGGACACAAGUGUACAGUGUAGACAAUAGGGCUACAGGGGGACUACACAAGUGUAGAGUGUGGUGACUACAGUGUAGACAAUAGGGCUACAGGGGGACUACACAAGUGUAGAGUGUGGUGACUACAGUGUAGACAAUAGGGCUACAGGGGACUACACAAGUGUAGAGUGUGGUGACUACAGUGUAGACAA